CGCUUUAUUUUUUCCUUCGUAGCGUCAUAGUUCUAGGCGCCAUACUGUCCCGAAACUAUCCACACAUAACCUUCAAAGCUUAUUCGUAUCGAGCAGAACUUUCCGGCAUCAGUUCCAUUAAUCGACAGUCCAUUGCCGGUCUGAUUGUGAUCUACUCACAGUUUGCGGCUAUAGACAUCAUUCUGGUAGUGUCCUGGUGCGAAAUAUUCGGAAUAAGAUGUGGCCCUUGUACAUCUUCCUGAUUGUCUGUGGGCUGGCACAAGCAACGGAAGUAGACAGGGAGAUAUGUAACACGGAAAACUGGACAGAACUGAACCUCAAGAUCAUCCAGGAUGAGGACGAUAUCAAGAGGAUAACCUCCAAUAAAUGCGCCAUCAUCUUGAGAUACCCACCAUCAGGUAUGCUGACGAAAAACAUACUGGAUCUUCUUCCACGACAAUCCCUGAAAAUACUGCAAGUAACUGGUCAACUUCGUGUGUUAGACGACGACAGUUUUUCUUCGUUAAGGUACCUGAAGUACUUGAAAUUAUCUGAAGUCGAUUUUGCGAACUCAGACAUGUUGAGUGGAGAUGGGAGGUUCACCAAAAACAUCGAAUCGCUUGAUCUCUCUAAAAACGGCUUGACCAACUUGGAUUUCUUCAAGACGGAGUCUAAGAAGCUAAAGAAACUCAAUCUGGAUAGGAAUACUCUUCAAACUGUACCCAACGACCUUAAGGUUUUCGAUAAUUUGGAAGAGCUUUCGAUGAGCAAUAAUAAGAUCAGGAAUAUUUCACUGGUAUACUCGUUGAUCGAUGUUGAAUAUCUGGAUCUUUCGCAUAACUACAUCAGGAAUGCAUCAGGUCUCGAAUAUUUCCCCAACCUGGAGGUUCUGAACCUCACCAACAACAAUAUAGAUGAACUACGAGUUGAAUAUUUCGGAAUAGACAGGAGUAACAUGAGAGAAUUACUCCUGGAUCACAACGCCAUAGAAUUCAUAGGGGUUAGACUAUUGAUGAACUUCCGAAACCUGAAAACUUUUUCGAUAUCCAAAAAUCGACUGAGGAAACUGAUCCCAACAACUGAUGCUUACAGAGACACAGAGCUGGAAACUUUGAACUUGGGAGAAAAUCACUUGGACGAAAUACCUUACAAUUUCUUGAAAUGGUUUCCAUUCCUUAAAACACUAAAGAUCAACAACAACAAAUUGAGCUAUCUACGACCAGGUACUUUCUCCAAUUUGAACAAUCUCGAAGUUUUGGACCUCUCCAACAACGAAAUAGUGAACUUUGACGUCAGGAGACUGCUUCCUCUGGAGUCCUUAUCCAUCCUAAACAUAAGUUCCAAUAAAAUCGAACAAAUAGAUUAUUUCUCCUUGGUCCUACACCUGCCUACGUUAAAAUCCAUAAGGAUGGAUGGAAAUUCACUAUUUUGCGAAAAUCUGAUCGAGAUGUUGAGUUACCUCAAGAUCAACGAUGUCCAAGUUGAAGACGGUGAGUGUGAAGGUUCAGCACAUAUAAAGGGUAUCUGUUGUGAGGAUUCCACCAAGAAUUACACCGAGAAUAAAUUCAAUAUGGCAGCUUUUUCGAUGAUGAAACAAAAUGAGAAAAAUGUUGAGAAAUUAGACGAAUUGCUGGAAACGUUAAAGAAUAUUACAAGUCGAAGGGUUGGUUCUUCAUCAGUUCAAGAGGAGAGCGUGGUUAUUACCAAAGCUACCUUUUGGACCGGCUUAGGUGUGGUAAUUAUAGCACUGAUAUUGAUUUUACUCGUUCUUGUUGUUACUCUUAUCACGAAGAAAAAGGAAAUUCUUCCAGUUCAUUUGUGAAAGGAUGAGGCGGGGAAAUUUGUGCUUGAUUUUAUCACAGAUGGUUUCAAUAACAUCUACAAUAUAUUGAGAAUUUAAAAUAUAAGCUUUACUCGCGUAUAUAGUUUCAAAUCUUCCUUAUUUUGUAUCGAUUAAACGAGGGACUGAGUAGAAGUAGGAGAUUAGUAAAAGAAGAAGUUUGAAGGAAAAAAUAUCGAAUUCAGGGAACACUUAAAAAGAUAUAAUUCUCCAUUGAAUCAGGAAGGUUCUAUAACAGAUUUUAAUCCAUGAAAUCUCAGGAAAAAUGAAGAAUCAAUCAGAUAAACUUUUCGGAACGUGAAAUAUUUUUUUUUACACAAUUUUAUAUACGUACUAUGAAAUACUAUUUUUUUAUUGAAGAAGGUAUGUUGUGAAAGAGGCUAAACCUAUAUAUUUUGUUACAUUGUUCCAUGUGUUAGAAUAAAACAGUGAUUGGA